AUGACUGCUGUAGAAGUAGUAGGAAAAGAUAAAAACUACUUUCUACAGACAGCUAUUUUAAGUAAUGGAGAAUCAUCAAAAAUCAUGUUGAAAAUAUGGAACGAACAAACCAAUCGCCUAAAAGAAUACAUUCGUCCAAAUUUGAUUCUCCAUAUUGAUGCAGCCUCAUCAAGAAAAUUAACUUAUUCUUCAACCAUCCUAAAAGGGAAUAUGCCCUACGAAUUAGCAAUUCAGUCAAACACCAAAAUUACUAUUUUGGGAGUUAGAAAGUCAAAUAAAGUUGAAGAUGAAAUUGAUAAAUUGUAUAAUUUAGAAACAUUGGGGACGGCGACAGCUGGUACAAUGAUAAAAAUUAAAGGUUUCUUAAGAAAUAACUUCUUGGAAGCAAAUUUAAACACCGAAUCCAAGAAACAAGCCUGUUCGACAAUAGUCGAAAAUAAAAAAAGAAUUGAAAUAAGAGUGAAAAAUUACACACCACAAGAAAUAAAUAAAAUUCAAAAAGGAAAUGAAAUUGAAGUUUGCGGAGUAAUUAAUUUCGGAAGGACAAUUCAGCCGUACAGAAAUACCGAACAUAAUGGAAAUGAGCAGGAGAGAAAUGCUGAUCGAGAAAGGAGAAAUAGAGAAAUAGAGGAGCAAAGAACAUACAGAGAGAAAAAGGAGAAAAUGGAAAAAGAAUAUGAAGAGAGAAGAAGAGAGGCUCUGAAAGAGGACUUGCUACGCGAUGAAAGGUACAGAAAGGAAAGGGAGGAAGUAAAGAAGAAUUAUGAAGACUCAAAAAAGCGCGAGGAGGAGAGGCGGCGCGAUGAGGUGCAUCGCCGCGAGGAGGAGUUGCGUCGCGAGGAGAGGAGGCGACGCGAUCAGGAGAGGCGCGAAGAACUAAGCAGACGAGAGGCCGCACAGAAAAAUAAAAUAAACAAAGUGAUAAUUCAAAGUGAACGAGAGAAUCAACAAAAGAGAUAUCCAGAGAGUUAUCCAGAUCUACAAAGACGUAUCCAGAGAGUUAUCCAGUUCUACGAAGUGUUAUCCAGAGUGUUAACCAAGCAGCGAUCCAGAUAUCCAUAUCUACGAAGUGUUAUCGAGAGUGUUAGCCAAGCACCGAUACAGAUAUCCAGGUCUACAGAGAGGUAUCUAGAGAGUUAUCCAAGUAUACGAAACAGAAUUCGAGAUUUUCCAGUACUACGAUCCAGACCAACAUUCAAAAGCAACAUUGAAGAGAGAAAUGCUGAUCGAGAAAGGAGAAAUAGAGAAAUCGAGGAGCAAAGAACAUACAGAGAGAAAAAGGAGAAAAUGGAAAAAGAAUAUGAAGAGAGAAGAAGAGAGGCUCUGAAAGAGGACUUGCUACGCAAAGAAAGGUACAGAAAGGAAAGGGAGGAAGUAAAGAAGAAUUAUGAAGACUCAAAAAAGCGCGAUGAGGUGCAUCGCCGCGAGGAGGAGUUGCGGCGCGAGGAGAGGAGGCGACGCGAACAGGAGAGGCGCGAAGAACUAAGCAGACGAGAGGCCGCACAGAAAAAUAAAGUUAAUGAUUGGUUAAAAAAAUCUUUUUAA